CCGGUAAUGAUUAAGCAUGCAAAGGAAACUUAAAUAGGAUCAAUAUUUGUACCAAGUGUUUCACCGCAAUGGAGUUAAACAUUAUGUACUCGUGGAAAAGGUUAAUAGGGUCGUAAAUUACAAUUCGAUGUGACGUCAAGGGACUUAUCUAAGUAACAACAACGGACUGAAGUCAAAUCCAGAAGGCGCCAUUUUGAAACUUCAAAGGCGUUUCUUCACCUAUUUCUGCCUCUCCUUUUUGCUUGGUGGUUUCCAUCCCAAAGCAUUAUCAUUGCCGGCUUCGGCGGGCGACCUGCAAUCACUGGACGAAACUAUUCCACCUAGUCACUGCGAUUAAAAUUGAGCCGUAAUUUUACGCCUCAAGAGCCAGCAAGAUCGAGGCUCGUUUGCCUGGCGCGGAGCUCCCGGGCGGUUAUGCGACAAAUCGGGCCCGGAUUCGCCACAGACCCAUCCCUGCAGUGACCCGUACCGCUGACCCAGUCAUCGAGAAGCUUACCCCCCACAUCGGCCCCCAGCCCCCUAUUUUACCCCAGUAUCUACUGGACCGGUCUAAAUGGACGGUGAUGGGGAAAAGGUUGUUUUGUAGGAUCCGGAAGACCUCUGUUGUCUUCCCUGGACCUUCGACCGCCUUCUACCUCCUCGUGUUUGCACUUCUUGUUACUUCAGUUCUCUCCGACUCCCGCUGCAGUUUCACUAAGUGUGUUAAAACCUAUGAGCGGGCGGACCGAAGGAUCCGGCGUAUGGACGAUAGAACCCCAACAAAACUCGCCGAACAAACUCGGCAACGGUGCAGAGCACUGAGAAAGUACCGCCGGUGCAUAGACAAGAACCAUUUGCCUUGCAGAGGGAACUUGUUCUUUCAUUCAGUCGAACACAUAAACUCAAGACAGCUUGAGGAAUACAGCUGCACGAACUCUAAGACCAAAAACCCGCCCCGAACCACUGCAACCCCAAGGACAAAGCCUCCACCACAAAACACCACUACCAUGCCACCGAAACGACAUUUUCCAGAAGACGAGGCAGCAGUGGAAGGUGACACUUGUACCUAUACAGGAAAAUCGGCCUUCCGACAUUGUGGUAUGUUCGGUGAUCCACACUUGCGGACAUUCCACGACGAAUUUUUUACCUGCAAUGUUGUAAAAGCGUGGCCGCUUAUAGACAACGAUUACCUCGUAGUCAUGGCAACCAACAUCCCUGUCACCAAUGGCAGCGCCGUCACAGCAACCACCAAGAUCACCGUUCUUAUAAAAGCAUCGAGUCCAUGCACCGAACAGAAGUUCUACCUUGCCAAUAACUCAAAGUUGUCGCCUUCUUUUACCGACGGCACAAUCAGUAGCGGAAGCGUCUCAGUGGACGAGGUCAUCCCUGGCCGGCAUGUCGAAAUCCAAGUUCGUUUCAUCGGAACCACAAUCAUCAUUCGAAAGGUCGGGAGCUUCCUCACAUUCGCUAUACGGAUGCCGCACGAAUUCAUAGAAGGCCUUGAUCCAUCACGACAACUAUGUGUUCAAGGCUGCCCAUCUCGGCAUCGUAUUGAUCUCAAAGCGAGCAAUAAAGGCCACGGAAACACGCUCCUUCCAGGCACGAAAGGCUCAAGGCGAAACGCCGCUAUUCCACCUGUCCCAAAAGCGGAACAAAAGAAAAUAUUCACGGAAGAAGAGGCUCGACAAAAAUGCCAACAGAUAAUGUUGGCUGAAACUAGCCCUAUAGAUGAAGUGGGCAACAAAGAUGGUCAAACUGACUCAGAUGAAGUAAACCAGCUCUCGCAUGCGCAGUCUUCAGCUGCUUUCUCUUCUCUUGUUCCUUCAGAGGACCAGGGACAUCAUCAAAUCAACGGAAAGCAAGUCCCAACCGUACAGCAACUCAUAACUUCAUUGGAUGGAACGAAUAGUGAACCGAAGCGACGAAAGAAACCCGGGGCAAGAAAUCGUCGGCUCGGUCGCGGCAAACACCAUCACAGAAACAGAAAUCGAAAACAUCGGAAGUCGAAAAGAGGUGUAAGCGACGUUCCUCCGUGCCUGGAGGACCAGGACGUCGGCACUUCAAACUUUUACUUCGAUUCGUGCGUUUUUGAUCUCCUGACGACAGGCGAUGUCAAUUUUACGUUAUCCGCAAGAGCGGCUUUAGAAGACGUUCGGAGGACACAUACACUCCGUGACAGUGCUCCGGGAGCAUCUUUAGUGGUCAUUAGGACCUGGGAGCCAUUUGAGCCAAAAGCUCGAAGCAGAGGUUGCACUACAGUGGCGCCGGUUGUGGAAGAGAACCCUACUAGUAGUAGUAGGCGUAGUCAAGCCAACAGAUUCGUGAUUCUGCUUUGUGCAGUACUGACUUGUGUUUUCAUAAACGGCUGGAGUUCUUGCAACGACUCUGUUAAGAAAACACAUACAAACGUUCGUUGCGUAACUAAAGGCCAAAUGAGCCCCCUUUUAAAUCAUGAAGACUUUUUCAGGACUACUCCAUUAAACUGCAUAAAAUCGUAGCACCCGGCGUUUUAUAUUUUUGUUUUUGUUUUACUUUUUCACCUCAAUUGCAAUACUUUACUUCUCGAAAUCGAUGUUUUUCGUUUCGUCAAUGUUCGUUCUGUUGCUGCUACCCUGCUUAGCUUAAAGCAGAUGCGCGGCUCUCGUUGAACGUAAUUCUAUGCCAGUGAAAGGUGUAAUUCGUCGUGAAGCGUAUAUUUUCUGAUAACGCGGUUUAUCUGCCGCGCCUAUUCGCCCAGUCUUCAAAUGCAUGGCCUUUGAAAACAUAGACGCACCCUCGAUCGCCUCUUCGUUCCAAAAGACCGCCCCCUUUCAUCAUGAAAUUCAAGUUAAUACAGCUGAUACAGUAACUGGAUCGCAUAUCCAGCUUACCUACAAAAACAGCAUCUCUUGAACUCAGAAGGUGCUUUAUCUUUUUCUUUUUUACUUUUCUUUGUUUUUUUUUUGUUUGUUCCUACUCGUUACGUCAAAACAAUAAAGUAUACGUUCCAAUCCAA